CAUUUCCAUAAUAUAUGCCACCGCCUUUGCGCUCUCCUCCUGCAGACUCCCUGCAAAUCAGUAAUAAGUUCCAUGCCCACGGCGAUGGCGGCCUUCUUCCAUCGCAUUUCCAAAUCCCAGAACCUUAUCUCGCUCUGUAAAAUCACCGGUAACCUCAGCUCUCUCUCAAACCCAAUCAACAGAAAACCAUUAUGCAACUCAUUUCAAGUGAGGAGAUCCAUAGCCACUCCUGAUGAAGCUGUUGCAGGUUUUGAUGAAAUGGUUGCUGGGACCCAGCGAAGGUAUUACAUGUUGGGUGGCAAGGGCGGUGUUGGGAAAACAAGCUGUGCUUCAUCCCUUGCUGUAAAAUUUGCAAAUCAUGGUCAUCCUACAAUUAUAGUUUCCACUGAUCCAGCUCAUUCACUAAGCGAUUCUUUUGACCAGGAUUUUUCUGGAGGGAAGCUUGUUCCAGUUCAAGGAUUGGAUUCUCCACUAUUUGCACUUGAGAUAAACCCUGAUAAAACGAGGGAAGAAUUUCAUAUUGCCGGUCAGAAACAUAGUAGUAGCAGCAUCAAAGAAUUUAUGGGCAGCAUGGGCCUUGGACAGCUUGCUGAACAGGUAGGAGAACUGAAAUUUGAAGAACUGUUGGACACUCCUCCACCUGGUCUAGAUGAAGCUAUUGCAAUUUACAAGGUUGUGCAAUUUCUUGAGUUGCAAGAAUAUAGUAUGAUCACUCGGAUAGUUUUCGAUACAGCACCAACGGGCCAUACUCUUCGGCUUUUGUCCCUGCCAGACUUCAUGGAUUCAUUUAUAGGCAAGAUGAUGAAGCUAAAGCAGAAGAUAGUUUCAGCAACUUCAGCUGUUAAGGCUUUUCUUGGGAAGGAGGAUAAGCAACGAGUGGAUGCUAGUGAUAAGCUGGAGCAACUAAAGGAGAGGAUGGCAAAAGUACAAGAACUUUUUCGUGACUCAGAGACGACAGAAUUCAUUAUAGUGUCAAUCCCCACCGUUAUGGCAGCUAAAGAAACAUCACGAUUGUGUGCAUCCUUGAAGAAAGAAAAUGUUCCAGUGCAAAGGCUUAUUCUUAAUCAAGUCCUACCUCCAUCUGCAUCAGACUGCAAAUUUUGUGCAAUGAAAAGGAAGGAUCAAGCACGGGCCAUUGAUGUGAUCCAGAGUGAUGCAGAGCUCUCCAGUUUGAGAUUAGUCCAGGUGCCCCAGUUUGAUGUGGAGAUAAUGGGGGUUCCAGCUCUAAGGUUUAUGGGGGAUUUGGUUUGGAAAUGACCCUUUGUGAGAAAGGGAAUAUAAAUGAGGUUCAGCUCAAGCACCUGCUUGGUGAAAAGAUUGCGAAGUCGCCUCGCCUUAUUGAGAGAGAGAGAGAGACUAUGCAAUGAGAUAUACAGCAAGUGGCGUUCAGCUCCAUCGUUCCCAUGUAAGCAUAGAAGGCUAUGUUACAAACAAUUAUAUUGAAUCCGUAACAAUCUGCUUGGCAGUUGCAUGCAUGCCAAGUGCCCCACUUGAACACGAAAAGGGAAAAAAAUAUCUGAGUCACUUUUUGUGUAUGCACCAUGUGUCAUAACUUUCUCUCCUACUUUGCAGUUAAGGCUGUAUUUUUUGUUGUUUGGUUGUAACCUGAAAAUAUUAUUGAAAAAUUAUUUCUAGCGUUUAGCUAGUACUUAAAACAUUACGAUAUAUAUAUAUAUAU